AAUGUCCUCUUCGCCUGCGUUGUCACCGUUUCUCUGAGUCCCAUGCUAGAGCCGAUCUUGCAUUUCCUCCGCAGGUCGCCCAUCGGUGAUGGCGAUAUGCCUGUGUCCGUCGCGGCGGGCUGGAUCGGUCUGAUCUGGUAUAUCGUCGUGCUGUGCGUGUGUGCCUUGGGUUAUAUUCAAAUUUGGAGAUACUUUUUACAACAACCACGCCCCUCUCGCCUCGCUAAUGAUCCUGAUGCGCCCCAUGUCACUGCAAUUCGCCCUGUUAAAGGCCUAGAACCACAUCUUUACGACUGCCUUGCUGCCACCUUUCGACAAAAGUACCCACGCGACAAACUUACCAUCUGCCUAUGCGUCUCGACCCGCGAUGACCCUGCCUACCCGGUCCUCUGCAAAUUGAUUGAAGAUUUCCCUGAUGCCGAUGCGCGUAUAUUUGUCGAGGAACAGGAUCCAUUGCUACAGGAUGGCGGAUCAAAUAUUUACACGCUUGGACCGAACCCGAAGAUCCGAAACAUGAGCCGUGCAUACCGUGAGGCCAAGGGAGAUAUUGUUUGGGUUAUCGACUGCAAUGUCUGGGUUGGGAAAGGCGUUUGUGGUCGCAUGGUGGAUAGGCUUUGUGGAACCGGAUCAAAGCCUGGAAAGAAGUAUAAAUUCGUGCACCAUUUGCCUCUAGCGGUAGAUGUUACCGGUGAAGACAAUCUCAAUGAGGAGCGACAGGCACUUUUGGAUGCUUCAGGUGAAGCCCCAGUCGCGACUGAUGCGGUGUCAUCUAGACGUCCGGAAGAGGGGCUCGCCAGCAUGAUGGCCUCUGGUGGUGGUCGUUUUGAAGAAUUGUUCCUCUCCUCGGCACACGCGAAAAUGUACACAGCUAUCAAUACUGUUCUCAUUGCGCCAUGUAUCGUGGGCAAAUCUAACAUGUUCCGGCGCUCGCAUUUGGACUAUCUCACAGCUCAAUCGCCAGCGGGUCCCAAUCCCCGAAACCCCGGCAUCGAUUUCUUUUCGGACAACAUUUGCGAAGAUCACUUGAUUGGUGACCUACUAUGGCGAAAGAAUGUACGGGAAGAGAAAGAAAAUGGGGAAAGAUGGGGCAAGCAUGCCAUGGUUUUUGGAGACCUCGCCUUCCAGCCUGUCGCAAACAUGCAAAUUCGAGCUUAUAUCGCUCGACGAGUGCGAUGGUUGCGCGUCCGGAAAUUCACAGUACUUCUCGCGACUCUCGUUGAGCCCGGUACUGAGUCCUUUGUAUGCUCGCUAUAUGGGGCAUGGGGUAUCACAGCAGCACUGGCGCCAUACCUGGAGCAGAAAGGUUUCGAAUUCGCAUCUACUCUUGGAACAUGGCCGUCUUUCUUCACCAUCUAUGUGCUCAGCAUGUUAUCUUGGAUCCUCGUUGAUUGGACCCUCUACAUCAAGUUAUACUCCGCAAAGACUGUCGAAUUGGACCAGGACACUCCGCUUUUUGCACGGCCUGUGUGUAGUGAUUCCUCUCAAACAACCCGCCGUCCAUUUUUCCAAUGGUUUGCUGCGUGGCUGGGCCGCGAACUGCUAGCUCUACCUAUUUGGCUCUCGGCCGUCUACGGUGGCGUGACUGUUGUCUGGAGGGAUCGACGCUUCAAGGUUGGAUUUGAUGCCAAAGUCCGAGAAAUAGAAUUCGAUCCAACAAAGCCUUCAGAAGGCUCUUCUUUUACUGAUUCUGUGGUCAAUUGGUUCCCAGCCUUGCCACGGAGCAAACAUGGGGAGGCCAGCAAGGCCCGCCGUGAUUGA